AUGCAGCAAUCUUCUCUUCGGCAGCGCAGGCCAUCGGAGGCGCAGAAGCUGGCAAAGGCACCCAGCAAGAGGGUAGGGCAGGGCCUCCGAGAUGCUGGACGCAGAGCAACGCGGGUUGACGAGAAGAUGAAGCGGCGAAUGUCUGCGCGGUUCGCAGAGAUCUCUUCCCCUACAGAUGCCUUGGUUCCCGACGUCCCUAGCCUCCCAAUCGGACCUACAGCCUCUCAAACCGCGCUCUCCAAGAAAGGGGGUGCGGCACCGGCGGUAGCACAGCGGGAGGAUCCUUGGACAGCGGACCUUAGGCUGCUGGACGUCGAUGAGUUUGACCCGGAUAGAUACCUUAAGACAAAGAUGGCGAACUCAACGGAGGCCGAGCUGAAGACUCUACAAUCAUCACUGCGAACACAGCAGGAUGGCGUUCGCAAGGACCUACAACAGGACGUCUUCCAGAACUAUACACAGUUCGUCCAAAUCUCGAAGGAGGUCGGUGUCAUUGAGAACGAGAUGCUGGAGUUCAAGGACUGCCUCUCGGAGUGGAAGAGCAUGCCAUCUCUCCUUCACGUCGAAGAGUCUGCAUCAGCAGCAGAGCGACGCCGCAAUGUCCGAUCCUCCAUUGCCGACCUGCGCGUGCUCUACGCCAACCAGAUGCAGACGCUCCAUCAGCAAAUUGAAGGUUCGAGCAAGUUCGUGCCGACGACACCGGGACGACAUGUUGUCUCCGAGAUGGAUAACAUACUCGCUCUGAACGCCGCAACGUAUAAGGUUGACCAUCCCGUCCGGUUCGUCAUUCUCGACGACGCAGUGCUCGUCGCGCGGAUCCGAAGGAGAAGGAACAAUGUCGAGAACGACAGGCUCGUGGCAGAGCGGUGCUGGCCUCUGAAUGAGAUGCUCGUCUUGGACACCAAGGACACUGCUACGAUGUCCAACGUCUUCAAGAUCAGACAUGGGAAGGAGACCCAUGUGUAUCGUACUGAAGCCGGAGGAGACAAGAAACAGCUGCUUUCUCAGUUCCGUCAAGUCGCAGAAGAGCUCUCUGCUAAGCGCCGUAAAGAACGCGAAGCAGAGCAUGGUCGCAGGAAGAGUCUCUACGUGGCCGACCGCUCCUCAAUGGCGUUCAACGUUGAGAGCAUGCCACCAAUACCGACGUGGAUGGCCGACUUGGUGGGUCAAACAGAGAUGGGUGCCACGGCGAAGGAGAAAGCCGAGCGUGACGCACGCUGGAUGGGCGAUUAUUGUGACGAGCUCACCGUCUCGAUUGCGCUCAGGGAGUGGGACAAAGCCGUCGAACUCGUGGAUAAGGGGGACGCGCAUCUUCAAGAGAUACCGAGUCUGGCCACGAAGCUCACGCCGCUGCGAGGUCAACUUACUGCCGCACUCCUGCAGUCCCUUGCCCAGCCGACGAAUCGCAAGUCCGCGGUGACCCGGCUGAUCGCUUUAUUGGUGCGCCUAAAGGCUGGGCCGGCUGCUCGCAAUACCUUCCUACAGGCACGAGCGGACAUGAUACGCAAGCGGGUGCGGUUGAUCCGCUUCGAGGGGCAUGUGGGCACGUAUGUCGGUGACCUCGCUGUUGUGGUCUUCACGGGCAUCAAGCAUACGGCGGACUGGUUCCUAUCAAGUUUCCGGGAGAACGAGGUAGCGAGCUUCUUCAUUGGAUGGACGAAGAAGCAAGUCGAAUUCUAUGCGGAGAUGUUCAGGAAGCAGGUAUACAGCUCGGAUGCCGACCAGCAAACCAUCGAAGAAGCCAUAAAGAUCACCCAGUCGCAGAGUCGUAGGUCACUGGAAGAGUACGGCAUCGACUUCCGCUUCCUCCUAGACAGGCUUCUGUUGGCAGAACCACCAGACAACUCUAUCCCGCGUCUGCCGCCAUCCAAGCCUCAGAGGGAGAUCUCACAUGAACUGAUGCACACACUAUCCUCUGCGUCGAUCCGAUCACGCUCUCCUGCAAUACCCCCUCCUCAGACUGCAGCCCCAGAUGUGCCCCCUGUACCCCCGCUACCGCAGAUCACCACCACCUCUCCUGGCACGUCUACCUCAGCAUACACACGUAUGUCGCCAGUAUCUCCCGCGCCACGCACUCCAUCAUCGGCUCGCAUCGCUACACCGUCGCCGCGGUCACCGUCUGCGGGCUCGCCACGCGCACCGGCGCCGUCGAGGACACGUCCGGAGGGGAUCCUGGGCGAGACGAGGCGGAACCAGCCGAGCCCUGCGCCGCCCCCGAAGUCGCGAGAUAGGCCUGGAAGUGCCGCUGGACAUAGGCCCCCGCCGGUCGCUGUGCCACGACGGGACGGGAUGUUCUGA